CCCGGGAUGGGCGACAAGUUGGUGUACAUCCACGAGAGUCUCAAUUAUUGCGAGGGCGACAAGCGGCGCCAGAUCCCGAGCACUUCUGGGCGCCGGUGCUCGCGGGACUCCACCAAGGGCGACUCCUGCGACGUGCUUUGCUGCGGGCGAGGCUACAAUACACAGGUGAUUCAACAGGUGGAAAAGUGCAACUGCAAAUUCUUCUGGUGCUGUUCGGUCAAGUGUCAGCAGUGCGACAAGAAGAUCGAGGUGCACACGUGCAAAUGAACGAAGACGAAAACACAGCAAAAAUACUUAUACCCACCAGCAGAAUGAAACCCUUCAAAAACCAUCAUAACGAGCCCCGGAAUCUCAGGAUUAAUUAAUGCAACGAAGGAAAAAGAAAACAAAGAAACAUUCCCCCACGCAGAAAAAGACAAAAAAAAAAGCAAAGGGGAAGGACGAUCGCGAUGCCAAAGCAAAGAAAGAAAGAAUCCGAAAGCAAAUUCGAGCGAAAGAGCGAGUGUGCGUGAAAAAAAAUGAAUUUUAAAAAAAGAACCGGAACGAAGAAAGAAAGAGAAAUGCGAAAAAAAACCUUCAUCUGUCUCUUUCCCCCUUAAAACCCAAAUAUCUUGUUUUUUUCUAAUUCGAACCUAAAAAAAAAAAGCUAAUCUCGACCUAUUUCUUCAAUCACUCAUUUUCUUCUGCAUUUUGCAUCUUGCUGCUGAAUUUCCGAAGCAUUUCAAACGUUUUUGUCUUCUGUGUUAUUUUUUGUUUGUUUCUUUCAUCUGGAUGAAUGUGGGACGGAACUGAUUGAUUAACUCGCGACGGCGAAGGAUUUUAGAGUCAUUUUUGUGAUCUGAGAUAACCAUGAUGCUAACGUUGAACAAAAAUGUAAGAAGAAAGAAAAAAUGAGAAGCAAACGUCAUCUCGCGUCUUCGUUUGUUUUAUUGCCUUGCUAAUUCUUUUCCCAGUCCGCGAAAAUAAGUUUCUUUUUUUCGCGCGAUCAAGUGCUGUUUCCGGUUUUUUUUUUUUUAUAGCGCUCUCUCGUUUAAAAAUGAAUGUACAAGUUGGAAGGAGCGAGACGAAAGAAGAGACAGAAUCAUGUUCUUGCUUUACUGCGCUUGCACGGGAAAAAAAUAUUGAAUGGUUGUCGCAUGGUUUCUUACCAUUGUAUUGAUUUAAACGUGCGAGGAAAAAAAAACAAGAAAAAUCGAUGCCAUGUUUGAAACUGAA